CUAGUGUUCUACAGUAAUUCGACAUCAACUCUACCAUGGCCGAAACCGUCGUUCUCGCCGCUCCCGCACCAGUCACCGCGUCGCCAGCCUCGAAAAAGUCUCCGGCCAAGAAGAAGACUGCUGCUGCCAAAGCAAAAAAACCCGCUGCGUCUCAUCCGACCACUUCCGUGAUGGUGACGUCUGCCAUCAAGGAACUGAAGGAGAAGAAGGGUUCGUCCUUGCCGGCUAUCAAGAAAUACCUGGCUGCCAACUACAAAGUCGAUCCCGCCAAGCUGGCGCCGUUCAUCAGGAAGUUUUUGAAAGCCGCCGUCGCCAACGGAACAGUCGUUCAGACCAAAGGCACCGGCGCUUCUGGUCACUUCAAAUUACCGCUUGCCGAAGUUAAACCGAAAAAGGCAACUGUAGUCAAGAAGAAGAAACCAGUCGUCAAAAAAGUCAAAGCCCCUGGUGCCGUAAAGAGGAAAUCGACGUCCGCUAAGAAAGUUAAGCCCGCGUCCGGCGAACCAACAGCUAAAAAAGUCAAGAAGGCUGUAGCCUCAAAACCUAAGGCUGCCAAACCGAAGAAAUCUCCGGCCAAGGCGAAAAAACCUGCUGGCGCUGUCAAACCCAAAGUGAAGAAGACUCCAACCAAAAAAACAGCAGCUCCCAAGAAGAAGUAAAUUGUUGAUCGUUCACUUCUCUCGCCCCUUAAAACGGUCCUUUUCAGGACCACCAAUUUUUUUUCUUAGACACCACCAAAUACCUAUUUACUCUCGGCGCUUGAGACUCCGUCGUCGAUUCAUGGUUUAAUAGUUGUAACCGACUUUUGGUUAGUUUAUAUUAUAAUUUUUGGUCAUAAAACUUUUUAAAGAGGAGAAUGCUACAAAUUUUAUUAAAUAAUGAGUGAAUUGA